AUGUUUAAAAAUUCAAGAACAAAGCAGGUUAACCAACCAGUUUUCAAAUUAAAGCAAUUUUUGAAUACUAUUGUUGUGCCCUGUUCAUCAAAAGAUCCAACUAAUAGUUUAAAGAAUUCAAUUGAGAGUUCAAGAUUUGCAUCAUAUCAUAAUAUCAGUAAUUCUCUUCGCAAAAAUAUAAUCCUCAAUUAACAUUCUUUGUUACCUACUAAUAGUAAUCGAAAAUCACUUGUUAUCGAAACUAAUUAAACAUCUACAAUAACAAUUGAUCAUGUCUAAUAGGAGUAUAACAAUAAAAAAAAUACUAAACAAAUCAGAAAACAUUUCAGAUAAUUAAAGAAUCUUAGUAUCGGUCAGAAUUCUAAUGAUAAUCUGAAUUCAACAAAUGAAGAAUUAUAAACACUUUAAUCAAAUAAAAAUAGGGCAACCAAAUAUAAUACUAAUAAUAAAAAUGUAUAGUAAAAAUCAAGGAAACAAAAAUUAAUAGACUUUUUGAAAGGUGAAAAUUAAGGCAUUUAAUUUACAUAAUUAUUACAAAAAAAAUACUCAAAAUAGUAUACUUUAUUUCCAUUUUUCACAAUUAAAAAAUAUCAAGAACUCUAAUUUUGA